AUGCUAGCAAGCUUUCAUAUUCAAGAAAAAUAUCGUCAAGUCGAACAUGAAUUCCUGUCUAAUCGUGAACGAUUUCAAUCGAUACGUGCCAAUCUUAGUGGUGAAGAAAUUCUUCUUCGAGAUGCGAUAUUGAAAAAAGCUUUCAAUGAAUUAAAAUCUCAUUCAACAACACUCGAAAAUAUACAACAACUGAAAGUUAUUGUUCUUGAAAAAGGUGCUCGAUUAGAAUGUAUCAAUAAUGAACUAGAUGAAUUCAAUCUGGCUCAUGCACUCAAUCAGUAUUUGCUAUGCUAUUGUAAUACUCUUCGAGAUUCCAAUCGAUCAUGUUUGGAUUCUAUCGUAGAUAUGUUUAAAAUAUUAAUUAUUUCAAAUCCAAAUCUUAUCAAAAGUAAAGAUUAUGUCGGUAAUGGUGGUUGUCCAAUAUAUUUCUUUCUCAUCUAUACAAUCUAUCGAUCACAAGAUUUCUAUUCUUGUUCAUCAUCAGUCUCAAUUGACGUGCGACGAUAUCAAUCUAUUGUUGAAUUAUUCCUUUUUACUACUCAAGGUUUAAAACAUAUUUUUAAUGAAAAUACAUGGAUGAUUGAUUGUCUUUUAAAUAGUUUACAAUGGAUGAAUUCAAUUGAAAAACAGAUCAAUCAACAGAUAAUAAUUCAAACAAAUCAAAUGGAAAUAUUGAAAAUUUUAUUCGAAGAAUUUAUUCCAAAGGAAGUACUACUGGUCGGUUAUUGGGAACAUACGUUGCAAAGAGGAUUCCAUAAUUUGAUAAUAAAAAAUCGAAUUGAUAUUAUCGUCUUCAUUAGUCAUUAG